CCUCGCAACCAUCCUCACCGCGACCGCCAGGCUGCCACUCCGCGCGCACCGCCCCGCCCACCUCGCUGCACUGCACCGCACACGCCUGCAUGCCCCCGUGAGCAUGCCCGCUCCACUGUCCUCGCGCGCCCGCGCCCCCAGCGCGACCCCCAAAGCCGCCCGCGAUGCGCCGCCCACCAAGAAGGCGAAGCUGUCCCAGUCGGCCGGCCUCAAGUCGCUGCUCAAUGGCGCCCCGAGCCGCAAGCCCGCCGUCACCGCAAAGACCAAUGGCGUGCGAAACGACCGGAAAAGCAGGGUCGACGAGGCCACCGCCGUCGUGAGCGGGGGGUUCGCCGGCCAUGGUGACGUCGACAUGGAGGAUGCAGCCCCAGAGGUCAUCGACAUCAGUAGCGCCGACGAAGACAGCGACGAGUCCGACGCCGACGACGAUGCGGCCCCCGCCGUCGCUGCCCAGAAUGGCGCAGAGCGACCCAUCGAGGACGGCACCGCCGAGCCUGAAGAGCUGUCGUUCGGCGAGCGUCUCAAGGCGCAGGAACCAGAGACAGCCCCUCUACGCGAGUCUCGCGUCGUUGAUGUCGAAUCCGCCUUUGUCGGUGCCGACGCCGGUGCCCGCGAGCUUGCAACGGCAUCCGUCCGCCGCCCGCUGGCAGCGCCGUCCGCGACUUCGCUGAGCACAGUGCUGUCGCAAGCUCUGCGGACCAAUGAUCAGGACCUCCUUGACUCCUGUCUGCGCGUAAACGACGUCGACACCAUAUACUCCACCAUUGAGCGCCUGCCUUCCCCGCUUGUCGGUGCUCUGCUACAGAAGCUCGCGGAGCGGUUACACAAGAGGCCUGGACGUCCCGGCAUGCUGAUGGUAUGGGUGCAGUGGUCGCUUGCAACCCACGGGGGCUACCUAGCCACCCAGUCAAAUUUGAUCAAGCAGACAGCGACCUUGACCAAGGUACUCACGCAGCGAUCAACCGGCUUGCAGCCGCUUCUGUCUCUCAAAGGCAGACUAGACAUGCUCCAAACACAACUAGAGCUGCGAAGAAGAAACCAAGAAAAGGCUGCCAAGGAUGACAUGGACGAGGCUGUCAUAUACGUUGAGGGCGAAGAGGACCCAUCAUCAGAUGAAGACGAAGCUGACGGCUCGGACGUAGCCUUGGAAGAGUCGCGGAAGCGCUCACGGCGCAACGUCGACGAAGACGACGAGAGCUCGGUUGACGGCAUGCCCACCACCAUGGAGGUCGAUGAGCUCUCCGAAGAGGGCAGCGAAGACUCCGAGGCUCUGCUCGACGACGAAGCCGAAGAGACCGACGAUGACUCUGGCGAAGACAUGUCGGAGCCCGAUGAGGACGAGGUGGACGGCGAGGAAGUCUCAGAGAGCGAGGAGGAGCCCAAGCCCGAGCGGCGAUCGACGGCCGCCCGCGCGGGUCUCUCGCGGAGACGUUGAAAAUGUAUUGAAUGAGAAGAUGCAACCGAUAGGAGAGAGUAAAAGCAUAGGUUGAAGAACAACAGCACACUACAUAUUUCGGGCGUUUGGUCUUUUGUUGAUAUCACUAUCACGAUGAUACGAGUGGCUGGUAUCCGGCGCCAGGGCGCUUCAUGUGAAGGGAUCGAUGAGUCUGCUGUAGCUAGAUUGCAUAGCGAUCGAUUGGGAAUACAGAGCGUUUGCCGCUGG